CUUUUUUUCAACCCAUCAAACGGGCCAGAGCUAUUGCAACGAGAAAUUAUAAUUAAAUCUCUCCCCGUCUCCGCUCUCUCCCACCUCUAUUUCCACCGAUCGCCGUCGAAGAUUACAGACGGUAGGGAUUUUCAGAGAGAGAGAGUGAGAGAGAGAUGGUUACGUCGGCGGUGGUGAACACGUACCCACUGUCGAGCUACACGUUCGGGACCAAAGAGCCGAAGAUGGAGAAGGACACCUCCGUCGCCGAUCGCCUCGCCCGUAUGAAAGUCAACUAUAUGAAAGAGGGAAUGCGGACCAGUGUCGAAGCGAUUUUACUGGUACAGGAACAUAAUCAUCCCCACAUACUUCUCCUGCAGAUUGGAAACACAUUCUGCAAACUUCCUGGUGGACGACUGAAGCCAGGGGAGAAUGAAAUUGAGGGGUUGAAAAGAAAGCUGACCAGCAAGCUUGGCGCUAAUUCACCUACCCUUGUGCCAGAUUGGCAGAUAGGAGAGUGCGUGGCUAUCUGGUGGAGGCCAAACUUUGAAACCAUAAUGUACCCAUAUUGCCCUCCUCACAUAACAAAACCCAAGGAGUGUAAGAAGCUUUUCCUUGUUCACUUAUCUGAGAGGGAGUACUUCGCUGUGCCCAAAAACCUAAAACUUCUUGCUGUCCCAUUGUUUGAGCUCUAUGAUAACGUUCAGAGAUAUGGACCUGUUAUAUCAACAAUCCCACAGCAGCUUUCCCGAUUCCAGUUCAACAUGAUCAGUUAAUGAAGAAGGAAUUAUGAAGUUACCGUGAUAUCACUAUUCAGUAUACUGAAGAUCACGUCUGGACAUCAUUGCGUGGAUACCUAAACUCAAGACCGGAUAUUAUUCUUAUAACUGAACUUAAGUUGGUUAGUAUGAGAUCCUUCAGUUUAUCCAGAUGAACGAAGCAUAUCUUGUGGUCUGUUUUGUUCAUCUAUGUUUGUUUAUGAUCGUAUUUGCUAAUGCGUUUUGCAUUACUCUUGAAACUUUGUCUGAACAGUGGUUGCGCUGUGCAAGUUCUUGUUUCUUAGCUAGAAGGUUUGUUAGUUACUUUAGACACCGGGAGUCGUACAAUGUUGUCUGAGUUAUGUUUUCAGAUUCUCAAUAUUUGAGAUUUUGUACGAUAACUUGUUCUGCUUUUCUGUAACGAUGGGUAGGAGAUGUAUGUGCUUACUUCUUAGAAUGUACCUAACUACUGUCUUAACUUUGUGUAAUGGUGGGUAGGCGAUGGACGCGUUCCCAUAGGAUUCUUAUCGGUUUCAUUCUGUUGGGAGCCAUGUGGCAUGUAAUCAUCGUUGUAGAAUUCGUCUUUGAUCAGUAAAAUUCUUCCUUUUUUCAA